GCCUAACCAAAUCAACCGAUUCUCUAUCAACGCACAGAGCAAUACAAUCAGGAGCGAUUCGUCAUCGUUACAGAUCCACAAAUUAGGGUUUCUAUUCUCUCUCCUUCAUUCCCCUCAAAUUUCACGUUUUUCUGCUUUCCCCAAAUCAAAACCUGAACAGCGAAGAUGAGGAUUAUGAUUAAGGGAGGUGUUUGGAAGAACACCGAAGAUGAGAUCCUCAAGGCUGCUGUUAUGAAGUAUGGCAAGAAUCAAUGGGCUCGUAUUUCUUCAUUGCUCGUUCGUAAAUCCGCUAAACAGUGUAAAGCUCGUUGGUACGAAUGGCUCGAUCCUUCCAUUAAAAAGACUGAGUGGACCAGAGAAGAAGAUGAGAAGCUGCUUCAUCUUGCUAAGCUUAUGCCCACUCAAUGGAGAACAAUCGCUCCAAUUGUCGGUCGUACUCCAUCUCAAUGCCUCGAGCGCUAUGAAAAACUCCUCGAUGCAGCUUGUGCAAAAGACGAAAAUUACGAGCCAGGCGACGAUCCAAGAAAACUGCGGCCCGGAGAGAUUGACCCAAACCCGGAAUCAAAGCCUGCACGGCCCGACCCGGUUGACAUGGAUGAAGAUGAAAAAGAAAUGCUUUCAGAAGCUCGAGCUCGUCUAGCCAAUACUCGUGGUAAAAAGGCUAAACGAAAGGCCCGAGAGAAGCAACUUGAAGAAGCUAGAAGGCUUGCUUCGUUACAGAAACGGAGAGAAUUAAAGGCCGCUGGGAUCGAUAAUAGGCAUAGGAAGAGGAAGCGAAAGGGGAUCGAUUACAAUGCGGAAAUUCCGUUUGAGAAGAGGCCUCCACCCGGGUUUUACGAUGUCACUGACGAGAGUUCCGUAGUUGAACAACCGAAAUUCCCGACCACUAUUGAAGAACUGGAAGGUGAAAGACGUGCGGAUAAAGAGGCACGUUUGAGAAAGCAAGAUAUCGCAAGGAACAAAAUUGCACAGAGGCAAGAUGCUCCAACGGCUAUACUCCAAGCGAACAAAAUGAAUGAUCCCGAAACGGUUAGAAAGCGGCCCAAAAUGAAUCUCCCGACACCACAAAUUCCGGAUUAUGAGUUGGAACAAAUUGCAAAGUUUAGUCUUCCUGCUUUGAAUGAAGAACUGUCGGAAGGAAGUAGGGCCACACGCGCACUCUUAGCCGAUUACGCUCAAACACCGCACCAAACAAUGACCCCGUUAAGGACCCCACAAAGAACGCCAGCUGGAAAACAAGAUGCUAUUAUGAUGGAGGCCGAAAAUCAAGCGAGACUAAGACUAUCUCAAACGCCAUUGCUUGGCGGUGAAAACCCCGAUUUACAUCCUUCAGAUUUUUCUGGUGUUACCCCUAAGAAAAAGGAAAUUCAAACACCGAACCCGAUUUUGUCGACGCCAAUGUCGACGCCAGGAGGCACGGGUAUGACACCUAGGAUUGGAAUGACGCCACGAGAUGGCCAAUCGUUUGGGGUCACUCCUAAAGGAACUCCGUUACGGGACGAGCUUCGUAUAAAUGAAGAAAUGGAAAUGCAUGAUAGUGGCAAGCUCGAGCUCAGAAGGCAAGCGGAAAUGAGGCGGAAUUUACGGGCUGGGUUGACGGGUCUUCCCCAGCCCAAAAACGAGUAUCAGAUAGUAGUUCAACCCGUUCCGGAAGACGGUGAAGAACCCGAGGAAAAAAUAGAAGAGGACAUGUCUGAUCGGAUUGCACGAGAGAAGGCUGAAGAGGAGGCUCGGCAGCUGGCGUUACUUAAAAAGAGAUCGAAAGUGCUGCAACGGGAGCUUCCUAGACCGCCAGCUGGCUCACUGGACCUUAUUAAGAAAUCGUUAAUACGAGGUGAUGAUGAUAAGAGUUCGUUUGUUCCACCUACUUUGAUUGAACAGGCUGAUGAGAUGAUACAGAAAGAACUAUUGUUAUUACUGGAACACGAUAACGCCAAAUACCCGCUUGAUGACAAGGAGAAAAAGAAAGGAAAUAAACGAGCUGGUGCGAAAUCUGUUUCUGUUCCUGUUAUAGAAGAAUUCGAUGACGAUGAACUCAAAUCGGCAGAUGAAAUGAUUAAAGAAGAGGCGAAGUUCGUGCGGGUGAAAAUGGGCCAUAAGGAUGAGGAUAUUGACGAAUUUGUUGAAGCACACAAAACAUGCUUGAAUGACAUUAUGUACUUCCCGACGCGUAAUUCAUACGGUCUUUCUAGUGUUGCUGGAAACAUGGAGAAACUUGCUGCUUAUCAGGAUGAGUUUGAGAUUGUUAAGAAGAAAAUGGAUGAGGAUACAAGAAAGGCAAACCGACUUGAGCAAAAGAUUAAACUUCUUACUAAUGGCUAUCAGAUGCGUGCUGCCAAUAUCUGGUCACAAAUUGAGGCGACCUUCAAGCAAAUGGACACAGCCGGAACAGAAUAUGAGUGCUUUCAAGCUUUACAAAGACAAGAAAAGUUGGCAGCAUCAAACCGUAUAAAUAGCAUCUGGGAAGAUGUACAAAAGCAAAAAGAAUUAGAGAAAACUUUACAGAAUCGUUAUGGUGAUCUGCUUGUUGACCAAGAAAGGAUCUAUAAUCUCAUGGAGAAGUACAAACAAGAAGAAACCGCAGUGGCAGAAGCAGCAGCAAACAUACAAGAUGAAAAAAUGGCUGAACCCGAGUCAGAGCUACAGGCUCCUGAGCAAGUGGAAGCAAGCCAAACUACUGAUGACUCCGGUGAAAUGACCAAACUAGCCUCGACUGAUGUAGAGGACUCGGUAUCUGCUCAAGUAAAUGAGGAACCUUGUAACGAACAUAGAGAUAAUAGUGAUGACUCUCCUGCUGUUGACGUGCCUGAAAGCAACGGUGAGGCUGAUGCCGUUCAAACAGAUGUGUCAAAUACUGAAACCGAUGAGCCUGCAAAGAUCUCAGAUGAAUCCCAAACCCCAAAGGCAGAUGACCUGUGAAGCUAUUCGGGCAUCUGUUUGUUGUGUCUUUACCUGAUUGCAGGAUUCUGUCCCUAAGCCCACAAAGAUAUGAGAUUUUUGUUUUUGAAGAGAAUGUUUUUAAUGUUUUAUUUGUUGUAGCAUGCUAUAUGUUUCUGAUGUUGAACUGUUACGGCUUUGAAUGCUCUCUUUUAAAACGCUUAACUUGGUUGCAAACCUAAACUAAAGUUGGACAUCUAUGGGCUGUCUCCGCUUGAAAAGUAAGGUUAUUUUGGUUG